GGCUCCAUUUAUACUCGAUAUUUCGAUAUUUCCACUUAUUUACAGAAAAUUGAAAAGCUGGGAGAAGGAACGUAUGGAAUUGUGUACAAGGCACAAAAUAAGGAUACAAAUGAGGUGGUUGCUCUGAAACGUAUAAGACUGGAUAAUGAGGAGGAAGGGGUUCCAUGUACUGCCAUUCGUGAAAUAUCAUUACUGAAAGAGUUGAAACACGCAAACAUAGUAAGACUUUAUGAUGUCUUACAUACGGAGAAAAAAUUGACAUUAGUAUUUGAAUAUUUGGAUUCGGAUUUAAAGAAAUUCUUAGAUACUUACGGAGGUGAUCUAGACGUACCAACAAUCAAGGAUCUCAAGCCACAAAAUUUAUUAAUCAACAAGAAAUGCGAGUUGAAAUUGGCUGAUUUUGGUCUUGCGCGUGCUUUUGGGAUUCCAGUACGCAGUUAUUCACAUGAGGUAGUAACGUUAUGGUAUCGUGCGCCAGAUGUUCUGAUGGGAUCAAGGCAAUAUUCCACAUCUAUCGAUGUGUGGUCGGCCGGAUGCAUAUUUGCAGAAAUGGCAUCUGGUAGACCGUUGUUCCCAGGAGUUCUAGGAACUCCAACAGAGGAAACAUGGCCAAGGGUUUCACAGUUGCCGGAUUACAAAAAUGAUUUUGCUAUUUAUUCUCGGAUGCCGCUGGAGACACUUCUUCCAAAGCUAGAUGCUCAUGGUAUUGAUUUAUUAAGUAAACUAAUAGAAUAUCAGCCUGAGAAACGCAUAAGUGCUGAAGAUGCAUUGAAACAUCCGUAUUUUGAAGAAAUUCGCAAAAAGGAAACGUCACAACAGUCCUCCGUGUAA